AUGACGGAAUUAAUAUCUUCAGAUCAUUAUUUAAGUAAUAUUGAUGAUGAUUUAACAACCAUCACAGAUAUUGAUUUUUUAAAAUUUCAAUUGAUACGUCAACGAAGAAAAUUAUUUUCUAUUAUUGAAUUAUUAAUUAAAACUGAAUUAUCCUAUGAAAAUAAUCUUUUUUUACGUAUUGAUUAUGAUAAAUUAUUAGAUAAUUAUAAUCAAUUAAAUCAAGAAUAUAAUCAAUUGAAAGAUAAAUAUCAACAUUUAGGACAUGCUUGUUUAUAUUUAAUUAAUAAAACUCAGGAUUUAAUUGAUGAACGAAAUAAAUAUUAUAAUGAAUGGAAAAUAAAUAAAUCAUUAUUAACACCAAGACCUGAUUGGGAUAAAGUAUCGAAUGUAAUUGAUGGUGGACAUAAACGAUGGAAAGUUUUAUCAACUGGAAAAUCAAGUGAACAAUUAAUGGAGAUAUUAAUUAGAGAGAUUGUAAAUGAAAAUCAAAUUGAAUCCAUAGAAGAAAAUGAUUAUUUUGAAGCUAAUGGUGAUCUAGAAUCAGUUUUACCAUUUUUACGUACAUCGGAACAUACUCAAAUUGUUAAUAGACGCAUAAGAAGACGUAUGACAGGAUUGCUAAUAAAGGAGAUUUGGACAGACAAAAUAAGAAAGCCAUAUAAUCGUUCUAUUCGAAGUUUAACUCCAACAAAACAAUAUAAUUCUUCUGGAUCAUCAUCUCCUUUGCUUUUACCACUUCCGAACACGUUACAAUCUCCAUUAGAUAGCAAUAUAACAUUAGCUGAUCAUGUAGCUAAUUAUUUUGAAAAAAGAUUCGAUUCAAAAACAGUGGCCAUCGAAAUGGGAUAUAAUCUACGUGAUGCAUGUCAACGUUAUCAUAAUUCUGAAGAAAUUAAUCUCUUUUGGGGUAUUAUAACUGGACAAAUAGAAGAAAUGGUUUAUCAUUAUCGAAUGCAAUCAAUUAGUCAAUUAUUACAACAUCUAAUUAAAAUGAAAACAUUCUUUUCAUUUCAACAUGAUUCAACAUUACCUAGAGCUCGAAAAGCAAUUGUUAGCGAACCAAAUUCACCUGUUUCAAUGAUCGCUAAUCGUCGAUUAUCAUUAUUUUCUAUGAAAGAAUAUCGAGAAUCACCAGUUUUACAUCAGGAUUUAACUAUGACGAAUGAACAAUUUAAUGAAUCCUUAAAAGUUUUUUAUCCUAAUAAAACUGCUUCUCAAAUUGAUGAAUUAUUUCUUUCGGCUAAAUAUGAUCUUCAACAUAUAAAUCAAUCAAUAGAAUUUAGUUUAUUAUUUAUUGAAGAUAAUGAAGGCCGUUUUGGAAAAUUUCUCUCAACAUUAAUUCAACAACUUAUUCAAGAAAAAUUUUCGUAUGUUGAAGAAAUUAAACAAAUUCUUCUCGGUCAUCCAUUAAUAUCUGUUUCACAAUUUUGUCGAGCUGUUCUUAUGAUUGAUCCAAAAAUUAAUCAAAAUGAAUUACAUCGAUAUAUUGAAUGGGUUUUUUCAAUAAAAAAUUUUCAUUCAUCACAACAAAUAAAACCUUUAGAUUUUGAAGAUUUAUUAAGACGUUUAGAAAAUUGUGCUUGCUUUAAACAUUAA